AACUAAGGGGCCAUUCAUGAUGCCCGAAAUCGUGGACAAACUUCCAGCUAUGCUGGAUUACAAUCUCGAUGCGCUCGUCGGGCCCGAGUGCGGCGAGCCGAGGGUGCAAGACCCAGAGAAAUACCAGUUCAAUCCCCGUCAGCUCCUGAGCGAUAUUCUGCAAGUGUACAUCAACCUUAGUGAUCAAGAACAGUUUGUGAGAGCUGUUGCAAAUGAUGGAAGGAGUUAUAGGAAGGAGCUGUUUGAGGCGGCGAUGGAGACUGCUAGACGGGUGCCGUUGAAAAAUGAGACUGAGAUUGGGGUUGUGAGAUCUUUUGUGUCCAAGGUGGAGGAGAUGAAAACUACGAUUGAGGCAGAGGAAGGUUUUUGGGUCGGUUUUUUCUCUUGUACCUCGUCAUGGCUUACGGCAAAUUCAUCAGACCCUCUCAUGGCCACGAUCAUGCGUGAUCCGGUCACGCUUUCAUCUUCUCGCGUCAUCAUAGACCGCUCUACUAUCAAGUCUCAUCUGCUCUCUGACUCCAAAGAUCCUUUCAACCGGGUGCUGCUGGUAGUAGAGGAUGUUAUCCCCAGUACG